AUGAGUGUCCCAGAUGUUACCAUUGGAAGUCAAAUCAAUUAUGGAAGUAAGUACAGAUUCACAUUCUUCAGAAAUACUUACUUCCAACUCAUCUUUUACCACGAUGUGAGAACAGAAGAUUAUUAUUUUAGCCCAACUAAUGUAACGCACUGUUUUGGUCGAUACAGAUACAGUUUAUUAUCCGAUCUCGAAAAAGAAUCAAUAUAUAAAUCUAGCGGCAAAUACGAAUUUCUUAUUCAUUAUCCCGAAUUAACCGGUAACAACUACAAUUGGUGGCGUCAAAGUAUUUCUCCUAAUAUCCAGACUGAAAAACAAAACCACACAGAUGAAAAUGACCAUUAUGUUAUCGGAUACGAAAACGUAAGUGUUUAUUAUACCCAAAAUUAUUGGGGUGGAUUAGCCUUAAACGCAUUAACUAAUAAAUUGUACCUCAAUGGUUGUAUUAAUUCGCUUAUGUGGUAUUAUGGCAUUGGUGCAUACGGAGUUGAAACAGGAAUUCCUGGUCCAUCAGGAGCAACAUAUUUAAAAAGAGUUGCCCUAUAUGCAAAGAUUAAUAGUUUAGACAUGAUUUAA